AUGGACACAGGAGGAACAGGUAGUGAAGCUGCUUUAACUGGUCUUAGCGCCCCCCGCCCUGGUCCUUCAUGUGCUGGUGGGCUGUCCCGACUCAUCCCUGGGCAGCCCCAUGCUGCCCUUGGCCUGCUCCUUCCACCUCCCGGCACUGCUGCUGCCAGCACAGCUGCCAUGCCUGGGUUUGUGUUUGAGUUCUCAGAUGAUCACAUCCUCAGACACCUAGAGGAAUUCAGCUAUGGUAAAGUUGUAAAUAAGGUUUUUAAAGGCAUUGUCGUUAUCAGGGAGUCUAAUGUGUCUUCGCAUAAAUCGGAGGUGUUUUGGUCAUUUUACAUGCUGGAGAGUCGUAUGAUUCUGGAUGCCUUUGCCCAACAAUGCAGCCGGGUUCUAAGUCUUUUAAAUUGUGGUGGAAAACUACUGGACAGCAAUCACUCUCAGUCCAUGAUUUCUUGUAUAAAGCAGGAAAACCCAAAUUAUAGUGAAAGACAAGAGCAAUGCCAGCUUGGGAAAAUGGUCCAUAGUCAGACAUCAGACAUUUUAGACAUAGAGAUGCAGUACAUGCAAAAGAAACAACAAACCUCAGCCUUUCUGAGAGUUUUUACUGAUUCCCUUCAGAACUACUUGCUUUCUGGGAGCUUCCCAUCUCAGAACACCUCUUCAGUAAAUGAUUUUAGCCAUUUGGCAGAUGUGGAUCCACUUUCAACCUCUCCAGUACACACUUUAGGUGGAUGGACAUCUCCAGCAACUUCUGAAUCUCAUGGGCACCCAUCAUCUUCUACACUUCCAGAGGAGGAAGAGGAGGAAGAGGAAGAAGGUUACUGCCCUCGGUGUCAAGAGCUAGAGCAGGAGGUGAUUUCAUUGCAACAAGAAAAUGAGGAACUUCGUAGAAAAUUGGAGAGCAUUCCAGUGCCCUGCCAGACUGUUUUAGAUUAUUUGAAGACUGUACUUCAGCAUCACAACCAGCUAAUGAUACCACAGCCAACAGACCAUCCGACUGAGGGGAGCAAGCAGUUGCUGAACAACUAUCCUGUCUACAUCACUAGUAAGCAGUGGGAUGAGGCUGUAAAUUCUUCAAAGAAAGAUGGAAGACGGCUACUUCGCUAUCUCAUCAGAUUUGUUUUCACAACCGAUGAGCUUAAGUACUCAUGCGGCCUUGGGAAAAGGAAAAGGUCAGUGCAGUCAGGAGAGACAGGUCCUGAAAGACGUCCUCUGGAUCCAGUAAAAGUAACAUGUCUCAGAGAGUUCAUCAGAAUGCACUGUACUUCCAACCCUGACUGGUGGAUGCCGUCCGAAGAACAAAUAAACAAGGUCUUCAGUGAUGCAGUAGGACACGCUCGGCAAGGGCGUGCAGUAGGGACUUUCCUUCACAAUGGGAACUCAUAUUACGAAGGGACUGACCAUCCAGGAUCACAGGACGAAGUCUUCAAUAGAGGGAAAGAUACACCCAACCCUUUCCUUAAAGAUCAGGAGGGGCCUUCUGGCGUGAAGUGCUUCUGUAACUCCUGCCUGACCCUGGAUGAAGGACUGAGGCAGUCUCUCAAAUGCCAGCUCACCCACAUGAUAAUUUCUUCCUGUCAUCUGUCUCCUCUUUGCCUACUGUUGUGAACGGUCUCUCGCUGCCAGUCCGUGCGGGGCACAGCAUCCAGCAGGCUUUGGCACGUUGCCACGGCACAGCGGGGCCGGGCCGUCCCUCCCGUACCUGCCGGCCAGGACCUGCAGGGAGCCUCAGGACACAGGCUCCAGCUGCAGGUGUGAUCUCUCAAAGCCAAUAUAUGCUUUAGGCCCUUAAAUGUCCAGUACCUCUGAAAUCAGUGGGGUUUUUUUUUUGUUUUUUGUUUCUAUUUUUUAGAAAGACUUUGAAAGGCUCUCAUUUUCUUUCUAAAAGUGAAUACGCAAUUUAGUCACAUUGGACCUUACCAGGCCAAGAGGUUUUGAACAGAACCCCUCACUACAGUCAGGAGGCGACUUUAUCUAAAAGGUCAAUGGCAUGUAGUGGCCUACUGGGAAGAAACUCAGUGUAUAAAAAUGUCACAGUACAGAUAUCCUAUAGUAGCUUUUCAGUGUUGAACUUACACUUUUUUAAAAGAGCUAUAAUAGAAGAUGUUACAUUGCUCAGAUGGUGUAAGUCUUGCUGGUAUAUGUUUAAUGUGGUGACACUUGCCAGAACUACUUGGUAAAACAUGUCAGAAUGUGUGAGUCAACAUUAUACUGUAAAUUUGUCCACAGCCGUAUGUAUCAUGCUGUAUUUUUGUAAACAUUGUGAUGGUUUCUUUCAAAUAUUUAAUCGUAUGAGAUUAAAAAUAAAAACACUUCAUUUUAAAUAGUCACAGAACAGAAUUACUGGACCUCUCUCACUAAUCUAAAGAUUUUGCUGAAAUAACUAGUAAGCCUAGCUUUAUUUUUAGUGUAAAACGUGUAGCCAGCCUCCUGAGACCACUCACAAAUCUGCGCUCUCAUAUUGUGCAAAAUAACCAAAUGUAUUGGUUGAUCCUGAAAGCCACUUUAGCACUAGAAAUGGCUUUGCAGGUUUGGACCUUUCUUUAUAAACAAAAUUUUGUCCUCAGCUGCUUGUGUGCCAUUGCCAAUGACAUGAAUAGCAGUCACAGAGAGGCAUUAAAAGACAGGAAGUCAUCUUUUUUGUUCAUGUUUGCUUUUAAAAUGAUAGCGUGCAACAACAUUUCUUGUUUUGUUUUAAACUGCCACGAUGGCUUCUUGACCGAAGCCAUUUUGUUGCUAAAACUUUUCACAACGGCUUAUUCUGAUUACUUAGCACAUGAGGCAUUGUAAAUCCAUACGCGCUGAAGCGUCAGUAUAGCCACAAGAUGUUAGGCAUAAUGCUAUGGGACCUGAAGCAGCAGAUAGCACGUAAGCCCUUGCACAGUGAGACACCUGUAUUUCAGCACAGCGCUUUGUAAGUCACCGUAUCCAUUCAGGCUGCUGCAUGCGCGUGGCAGCCUUGGAGCAGAAGGAAACGGCUAUCUAUCAUGUCGCUCCAGCAAGUCCCAGGAGGAUAGAUUCUUGUCUUAUCCCUCCAUACUCUUUAAUCUUACUGCCAUUUAUGUAUCUGCCUUCUCUCCAACUUUGUGUAGCAGUACCGCACGCCCAUCUGUGCCAACAUGCCUUCGCUAUAUUUUCUAUGACAAAUAUUUGUGGAGAAACUGUGAUUAAAAAACCAUUAAUCCUGAUAUUUUUAUUGUCAUGGUGUAGUUAAUUCUAUGAAUACUUUCUAAUGAUGAUUGUACUGUGUAGAGUAAGUACAGGUUAGGGAUAGACCUAUACCAGAUAUUGUACAAAAAAGUGCAUAGUGUAAUAUAGACUAGUAAGGGUUUGUGCCAAUUUCUAUAGGAUGUGUGAAUUGUUUUCUAUGUGGCAACACACAUUUCUUUUAAAAAAUAUAAAAUCUUAGAGAAUUUUUUAAACAGUCAAUAUUUUUUAAUUAAAGACAUUUGUUACCAACAGUUUACUAUUUCAGGUGGUAAUUCUAAUUUGAAUAUUGGUUUUAUUACUGCAUACCUCCAAUUCCAUUUGUUCUGUUGCAUAACAAUGCACAAUAAAAGUUAG